UUCUCAUUUGGAGAAGAAAUGAACAAACUUUUUAACCUCUGUUUAUCACACUAUUAUUCUACAACGUUGGACUUUUGCAUCAGUAGCAUUAUAAGUACGUAAUUACUAACCGUGGAAAAUUGAAGCCAAGGAGAAGAGAGGAGAAGCCAAGAAAUUAGAACUCCCCCCUCUCUUGAUUUUGGUUCAAGAAGAAGCAACCAGCUAUGGAAAACCAUAGAGGGUCGGUAACUGCAGGAAAAGCUAUAAGAUGCAAAGCUGCAGUCAGCAGAAAUCCAGGAGAAGCACUUGUAAUAGAAGAAAUUGAAGUUGAGCCACCUAAAUCAUGGGAGGUUCGGGUCAAGAUUCUGUGCACUUCUCUUUGCCAUUCUGAUAUUACCUUCUGGAAAAUGUCCACUGGGCCGUUUGCGAUUUUUCCCAGAAUUUUUGGGCAUGAAGCUGUCGGUGUUGUUGAGAGUGUAGGGGAGCAUGUGAAGGAAGUGCAGGAAGGAGAUUUGGUGCUGCCAGUGUUCCAUCCGCAUUGCAGAGAAUGCAGGGACUGCAAGUCCCAAAAGGGCAAUGGUUGCUCAGUGUUUGGUUAUAGAUUGAACCCAGACAUGCCAAGGGAUGCAACAAGUAGGUUCAAGGGGAUGAAUGGGGAGGUUUUGCACCAUUUCUUGUUCGUGUCCAGCUUCACUGAGUACACAGUGGUGGAUGUGGCUCAUGUUGUCAAGAUUUCAUCGGAAAUUCCCGUUGAUAAAGCCUGCCUGCUUAGCUGUGGAGUAUCAACUGGGAUAGGAGCAGCAUGGAAGGUGGCAGAUAUUGAGGCGGGCUCCACAGUCGCCAUCUUUGGGCUGGGAGCAGUUGGACUUGCGGUACUUAUAACCCAAUUACACCUGUUCAAUCCCUGCCCAAACCAUGCUCUGCUUAUUGUUGCAGAGGGAGCAAGGUUACGCGGAGCUUCGAAGAUUAUAGGUGUAGAUUUGAAUCCGGAAAAAUUUGAGAUAGGGAAAACAUUUGGAGUCACCGAUUUUAUCAACCCCGCGACCUGUGGAGAGAAAAAAGUCAGCGAGGUGAUAAAGGAAAUGACAGAUGGGGGAGCUGACUAUUGCUUUGAGUGCAUUGGGUUGGCGUCCCUGAUGGAAGACGCUUUCAAUAGUAACAGAGAGGGAUGGGGCAAGACAGUGAUAUUGGGAGUGGAGAAGCAUGGCACGCCAUUAGCUCUCAACACAUAUUUGCUUCUAAGAGGCAGAAGUGUUACCGGCUGUUUGUUCGGAGGGUUUAAACCCAAAUCUGACAUUCCCCUCCUAGCUGAAAAAUAUCUUGACAAGGAGCUGAAUCUGGAUGGAUUCAUAACGCAUGAAUUGAGUUUCCAGGACAUCAACAAAGCCUUCGAGUUACUGCUUCAAGGAAAAAGCCUGCGUUGUAUCAUUUGGAUGGAUAAUUAAAAUGGGCUGCCUAAUGCCUAAUGCCUAAUGCCUAUGUUGUUCUAUCAAUUAAUCGAAUAACAACACAAAAAUUUGGCACUCUUUUUUGUUA